AGGAAGGCCGGCGGCCAUGGAGGAGUGGAGGCAAUGCGGCCGCUGGCUCAUCGACUGCAAAGUGCUGCCCGCCAACCACCGCGUCGUGUGGCCCUCGGCCGUGGUCUUCGACCUGGCGCAGGCGCUGCGCGACGGGGUGCUGCUCUGCCAGCUGCUGCACAACCUCUCGCCGGGCUCCGUGGACCUCAAGGACAUCAACUUCAGGCCGCAGAUGUCCCAGUUUCUCUGCUUGAAGAACAUCCGCACGUUCCUAAAAGUCUGCCACGACAAAUUUGGGUUAAGAAACAGCGAUCUCUUUGAUCCCUUUGACCUCUUUGACGUUCGGGAUUUCGGCAAGGUGAUAUCUGCGGUAUCCCGGCUCUCCUUCCACAGUAUUGCACAAACCAAAGGAAUUAGGCCUUUCCCUUCGGAGGAGACCACAGAGAACGAUGACGAUGUCUAUCGGAGCCUGGAGGAGCUGGCGGACGAACAUGAUCUGGGGGAGGAUAUUUAUGACUGUGUCCCCUGUGAAGAUGAAGGCGAUGAUAUCUAUGAAGAUAUCAUCAGAGUGGAAGUUCAACAGCCCAUGAUUAGGUACAUGCAGAAAAUGGGAAUGACAGAAGAUGACAAAAGAAAUUGCUGCUUGCUAGAAAUUCAAGAAACCGAGGCCAAAUACUACAAAACACUUGAGGAUAUAGAAAAGAACUACAUGAACCCACUGAAGCUGGUACUGACCCCCCAGGACAUGGAAGCAAUUUUUAUCAAUUUGGAGGACCUCAUUAAAGUGCACUUCAAUUUCCUGAGAGCCAUCGACGUCUCUAUGAUGUCUGGAGGAAGCAGCCUGGCGAAAGUGUUUCUGGAAUUCAAAGAAAGGCUCUUGAUUUAUGGCAAGUACUGCAGCCACAUGGAGUACGCGCAGAACACGCUCAACCACCUCCUCGCUAACCGGGACGACGUGCGGCAGAAGGUGGAGGAAUGCACGCUCAAGGUUCAGGAUGGGAAAUUCAAGCUGCAAGAUCUGCUGGUGGUUCCAAUGCAAAGAGUUUUGAAAUAUCAUCUCCUCUUAAAAGAGCUGCUCAGCCAUUCCUCCGACCGGCCGGAAAAGCAACAGCUCAAGGAAGCCCUGGAGGCGAUGCAGGACUUGGCCAUGUACAUAAAUGAGGUAAAAAGAGACAAAGAGACUUUAAAGAAAAUCAGUGAGUUUCAGAGCUCCAUAGAAAAUCUGCAAGUGAAGCUGGAGGAAUUCGGGAGGCCCAAGAUAGAUGGUGAACUGAAGGUCCGAUCCAUAGUAAACCAUACGAAGCAGGACCGGUAUUUAUUUUUGUUUGAUAAAGUGGUGAUCGUCUGCAAAAGGAAAGGGUACAAUUAUGAGCUGAAAGAAAUCAUUGAGCUGCUCUUCCACAAGAUGACGGACGACCCUAUGAACAACAAAGACAUUAAAAAGUCUCAUGGAAAAAUGUGGUCCUACGGCUUCUACUUGAUCCACCUCCAAGGAAAGCAGGGCUUCCAGUUCUUCUGCAAGACAGAAGAAAUGAAGAGGAAGUGGAUGGAGCAGUUUGAGAUGGCAAUGUCCAACAUAAAGCCGGAGAAAGCCAAUGCGAAUCACCAUAGCUUUCAGAUGUACACGUUUGAAAAGACCACCAAUUGCAAAGCAUGCAAGAUGUUCCUAAGAGGGACAUUCUACCAGGGCUAUCUUUGCCCGAAAUGUGGAGCCGGUGCUCAUAAGGAAUGCCUGGAAAUCAUCCCCCCCUGCAAGAUUGGUUCUUCAGCAGACCAGGAAUCCCUGGGCGCAGGACCUGGUCCAAAAAUGGUGGCGGUGCAGAACUACCACGGGACCCCCGCGCCUCCCGGGAAGCCCGUGCUCACCUUCCAGACCGGAGACGUGAUCGAGCUGCUGAGGGGGGACCCGGAGUCGCAGUGGUGGGAGGGAAGGCUGCUACAGACGAAGAAGUCAGGCUAUUUCCCCAGCUCGUCGGUAAAACCCUGUCCUGUUGAUGCAAGGCCUCCCAACAGCCGGCCUCCGUCGCGAGAGAUUGACUACACGGCGUAUCCCUGGUUUGCAGGGAACAUGGAGCGGCAGCAGACGGACAACCUGCUCAAGUCCCACGUGAGCGGCACCUACCUGAUCCGGGAGAGGCCGGCGGAGGCCGAGCGCUUUGCCAUCAGCAUCAAGUUUAACGAGGAAGUGAAGCACAUCAAGGUGGUGGAGAAGGACAACUGGAUCCACAUCACAGAAGCCAAGAAGUUUGAAAGUCUUCUGGAGCUGGUUGAGUACUAUCAGAGCCACUCACUGAAAGAGAGUUUUAAGCAGCUGGACACAACCUUAAAAUACCCAUACAAGUCUCGGGAACGUUCUACCUCCAGGACCUUCACGCGCUCUCCAGCCUCCUGCGCUUCCUACAACUUUUCUUUUCUCAGUCCUCAGGGCCUCAGCUUUUCUUCUCCGACCUCCUCCUCCUCCUCUCCCUUCUGGUCAGUGUUCACGCCACGAGUCAUAGGGACGGCGGUGGCGCGAUACAACUUUGCAGCACGGGACAUGCGGGAGCUCUCCCUGCGCGAGGGCGACGUGGUGAAGAUCUACAGCAGGAUAGGCGGCGACCAGGGAUGGUGGAAGGGGGAGACCAACGGCAGGGUCGGCUGGUUUCCCUCCACCUACGUGGAAGAGGAGGGCGUGCAAUGAUGGUGGCCGUGCCUGGUGGGAAGUCAUCGAGCGGCCAGCGCGAGCCGCUGCCGACCGUGCGCCGUUGUCCCGACACCCAAGGCUCCAAGCACAGCCGGACGUCUCCCAGGACUGCCGGGACCACCGCGUCUCUCGCAGACUCUUUAGCAACCGGUUCCUCUGUCCAGCGCGUGCGUGUGUGUGCGCGGGCAUCAGGGGCUGCCGCCGGCCUUGGGGGUGUCACUUGUACAGAAGAUCCGUGGUCUUAUCGGAUAACGUCUGCAGAAGAGCCCUGGGGAAGGCACGCUGCCCUGCACGGACAGAGCGGAAAAACUCUAUGCAGUUGCCUCCAGAGGAUGGUGUCCAAGCUCGUUUGUGUUUUCAAGUCUGUCGUGGUGGUGGUGGGAGGGCGAAGCGGAAGGGUUGCACCUGGGUUGGUGUCUGGGUGCACAAAGGUGUUUCCAGAUCCCGAAGGAGAGGGAGCGACGUAGCCCCCGCUACGAGGAAUGAUGGUCUCCCACCUGCCCGCUGCUCACGUGGACUCCGCUGGAGGAGCAUUUUGGUAGUCUAGUGGGUAGGUUGGACAGCAGCAGCCAGCGCCACUGCCCUCCGGCUGGGGUGAGAGCGCGGAGCGAGGACAUCCGUACUUGGAACGAGGAAAUGGCCGGCUGCUAUUCCUGUAUACAGCUGCAAAACAAGGCAUGGUUUUGACCAGCAGACAUAGGCUGGCAGUGGAACUCCAGGUCCGGGCAGAGCAGGAAGAGAAAACCCUCUUUGGCAUCCCAAGGCCAUUUUCUUUCAAACUACCUUUAGUCCCACUAGACUUGCUCAGGGUGGAGGGGCUGGUCCUGCUGGUUGGCAGGGAUCUCAUGGUGUUGCAGGGGCGGGAAGCGUCCCUUGCCAGGCGAGGGUUUGGGAAGCCACCUGAGCACCAGGUACGCAUGGAGGGACAUCUUUGGGUCCUCUACGCUGCCACGCUCGGCUCCUUGAGCAGCCUGGGCCGGGGCAAUUGCCUUUUCCCGCAGCGCUUACAAGUCCCACCUCGCUAACAAGCUCAGUGGGGUGAACCCACAUGAGUAAGGGCUACAGCAUCACAUCCCGACCUCGGUAGGUUGUGAGAGCAUCUCUCUUUGUGUUACUGCUUUGUCCUUCUGUAUUCGUUGCUUUCCAAACUGCGACCCCCUGUAGCAGAUGAGCUGUUGGGUGGGAAUCCAGGCACUGGCUCUACUCUCCAGCUCCGUCGUUUCCUUCCAGAGUGCUCUGUUUUGAACAAAUACGUGUGUGUGAUAAGGAGCAGCUUUCCUCUAUCCUGUUUUUAAGGAUUGCACGUGGAAUGAGCAGCCUUUGGAGUCGGUGCUUCCAUGCCCUGAAGUGGUUCGCUGGUGGAAUGUGUCCUGGGGCUUUGCUGUGGAGCACUGAGGCUCUGGGCCGGAUGGUUGGUGUUGGGUAUCAAAGAGGAGAGUUUGGGGCUGUCCAUGAAAAGGGAAAUGGGUUCAUUUUGAAGCUAAGUGUUGUACAGUUGCCCCAAGAGCCCUGGGGCUGCGGGUGCAGGUUUUGCACCACGCGAGGGGUGUUGCAAAGCAGCGGGGAGAGGAGCCCCGCUCUACCAAGGCACCAUUGGGCGCAACGCUCCUCCAGGCCGAGCCAACGAGACUGUCCUCGGGUCUGUCCAACAGACCCAGCUAAAGCCUUACAUGACUCUCCAGGUUAAAAAACACCAUUUUUUCCCAACCUUUUUUUCUGGCAACGAGGGCAUCCCCUCUCGAUGAGCACGCGCAUCACAAGAGAUGAGGAGCCGUCUCUCUCCCUUAGCUCCUGCAGGGAAUCUAGGACCUUUGCCACUUCCCCGACUAUGGGAUAGAUGCAGUAGCUGCCCACAAGUGAUGAGCGACUGUCCCUCCCGCUGCCCAAGUUGGUCAUUCCUCAGAAAAGGUCUCUCUUGUGUUUACUGUUGUAAGAAACUUGUUUUUUUUUUAAAAAAAGAAGAAAAAAGAAAAAGAUUUUGUUUGUAAGUAAUUAUUCAGCCAUUUGCCACAAUAUAUAUCUGUGAAUAAGAAGGGAAAUGUUUUUUAUGAUGGUGAGAAAAUUGUAUAUAUAUUUUAGUUCAUCGCAGAACAUGCAAAAAUUGCAAUGGAAUACGUUGGAAAAUAAUAUGUAAAUUCCUUGGGUUUUUCC